GAUGUUUUACAGUAUGCCCUCUGCAUCAGCACAUCAACCCCAUUUACCUUUUCCCAGUGGGAGAUGCCAACCAUUCGCCGUUGGUGGUGCCUCCAGAUAAUGGAGAGGUUUUGCAUUGAAGGGCAUGGACAACGAUUUGCUCACUGGACAGAAGAAUCCUCCCAUCUUCUUGAAGGAAUCCUGGAACCGGUCUUUAGGGUUCCAAAGUCCACCAGUGCAGAGACUUCCCCCAGAAAUGGUGAUGGUGGAGAGGGCAAUGCGAAGGGACAGACACAGACCCUGAGGGACUUGCAUAAAGCAUGGGACUGGAUUCAACAGCACAAAGCCUUAUUCCGUGGGGAAAUAGGAGAACCUGAAGUCUUACAGAUGAGCAAGCCCAGGCAGAAAAUGGCCCUUGAAGGAUACAGUUCUGCAAAGGAUCCCUUCUUAAUUUCCUUCCAGUAUCAGGAAGACAUGGAAAUGUUUUACAUCAACUGUGUUGAUGUAAUGGGACUAAAGGUCAAUACCAUGUUUUGCGAGCAUAGUUCUUAGAAUGUUUGUAUAGUCAGUUCUUAAUAAGUUUUAAAGGUUUUCUUUCUCUCUCUGAAUUAUUUUAUUCUCUGCCCAACUUUUCUA